UCUCGCCUUCCCUUCCACCAGGAUGUCUCCUGUUUGUCUCCAGGUUGUCUGUCUCUCCUUUGGGUUUCUUUUGAAACCUUUGGCAAGGUGGCUUCUGGAAAAGGAGCAGAUUUCUGGCAUUCUUCCCCCUCACCCCACCUGCUAACCCUUUAUGCAUGCAAGGCUGGAAUAAGAAAGGAAGAAAAAGGGAGUGGAGUCUUGCUUUGGCUUUGCUUCUUUUUGUUUUUGGAGGACUCUGAGCCAAGGGUUUGGCCCGAAGGUUUGGACAAGAUUGUGACCCAGUCGAUUUGCAUUUGCUGAGUAAAGUACCCCCCCCCCUUUCUAUUUUGGUUGUAUCCAAGCAAACCUGCAAAGGAGUGCAGCAUUAAUCCCUCCUGAGUGAUAAAGAUUGUCCUGCUGUUGUGUAGCCUCUGUGAGGUUAGAACUACGAUUUUCACUCAUUUAGGGAAGAUAAUUUGGUUAUGGUGUCUCUUUCUAUCUGAGCCAAAAUUGAAUAUACUUGGAAGUCAGGUCCUGUGGAGUUCCACAGGUCUCACUGUCAGAUCAGUACAUUUGAAAGUAUGUGGGUGUGCAUUUACUUGAAUGGAGGAGACAGGCUGCCUGAUUCUGUGCAGCUUUCCUGUAAAAUAAUGUCCUGCUGAUGUCAGUGGGUAAUUUCUGAGUAAGUAUGCCUAGGGUUGCAGCGUUAGAUUGAAAUUCAGUCAGGCCCCAGUUCGGGAUAGCCCUGCAAUCUAGUUAGCCUUGGCAAUCUGGAUUCACCUCCAGCUUUCCAGCAUCUGUUUUCUAAACUAGCAACGUUCAGUUUUUGUACGCUGUAACGGAGCACAGGAAGCAUUCAGAUGAACGGUAUAGCUGUGCAGUUUGUCCAAUCCCGCGGGAUAUUUGCACCUGGGAAGCUCAAACCACUUUUCUGGUCACGUCCAGGAAGUGUGGAUUAUCUCUGAGCAUUUGGAAAGCGCAAUAAAAAGUAUUGCGGCGCUUAGCAGCCAGGUCCUGAUAACUUCAAAUGGUGGAGUGGUGAAGUUCCAGAAACGGAUGCCUUCCUUAAACUGUUGACUAUUAGGCCUCAGUGGAACUUUUUAGACUAACCUUCAAGUCAUUUAAUAGCAGUGGUUGCUGCCUCUUCUCAUCUCUUUCCUGGACCACCCUGCGGAUGGGGUCACCGUGAGCUGGUCGCAACUCAAUGGCAGGUUAUCCUUCUUCUAAGUUUGUUGUGCAAAGAAGAGAGCGACCGGAUUGGUUUCUGUCGGUGGACGCCCCUGGUUUGCUUGCAGACUUGAAAUGUUAGCCUUUGUGUAAUUUGCUGUAGUCCUUGCAUUAUAAUCUUAAUGGCAAUGCUGUAAGGUGAAGCAGGGUAAUUAUUCCUGUUUUUGCAGAUGCUAAGACAGUGGUUUGUCCAAGAGGGUGGCAAGGGUCAAGUCAGGUCUGUUGCUCAGUUACUUAAUGUCUGUUUGUAGCAGUGCUGAGUGAAGGGAAAGCUACUGUUCAAGGCCGAGGCAACAAUUUUAUGCAUACUUGGGAGUUGGCUCCAGUUAACUGAUUACAGCUAGGUUCUCUGUGGAAAUGCCUGGGAAUUUGCUGCACAGGUGUCCACAUCUUUGGUCUAGGUUGGUGUAAAAUGCCUACCAUUUCUACAACCACAAGUAGGAACCAACAGAGUAUUUUCUUGAAGUUCAUGUAUACGUAGCUCUCUAAAAAUGUAAGUGUGAAUGCAAUAAGCAGAUGUUUGGAAAUGCACAUGUCAUCUAGGAAUGUUUUAGGGAGCUAAGACUGCAGCUUCCUUCCGAGUGAACGCUCAGUUGCAGAUGAUUAUGUGUGAAUGGCUCGAAGACAAUGAUGGAGAAGUGACUUAGCCUAAGGGCUUUUGCAUUUGUAUGUGGAGAAAUAUGGAAGGGGUGGAGUUGCUUGUAGAUUUGCAAAAUACACAUAUUGUCUAGGGAUGUUUUAGGGUGCUAAGAUUGUCCUUUCCUUCUGCGUGAAUGCUCAGUUGGAGAAGAUAAUGUGCUGGAAGACAACUAUCAAGAAGUAACUUCCUGAGGGCUUCUGCAUUUAUAUGUGGAGUGAUAUGGAAGGGGUGGAGCUGCUUGUAGAUUCACCAAAUGCAUCAGAAAAAUAAAGCAUAGCAUAUAGGAAAUCCUGGGUUUUGGUUGGGUCCAGUCAGCUGCUUCUCUUUAGAUCAUCCAAUAAAGGCUAUUUUGGAAAUCAUGGGACCUUCAUAGCAAAACUCAUCUGGUAUGGACGUUCUGGAUUUCAGAUGUGUUCUAAGCUUCCUGGAGUGACUACUCUUCAGGGUACUGAUGGAGACAAGAGCUCAGAAUGGCAGCGGGUCACAGCCCUUGCUACAGGGUCAGCAUGACAGCGGGAGGCAGUACGGAGAAUCAGACCUGCGGGAUGUUUUGGCACAACAAGUUCACGUCUUGUCCUUGGACCAGAUCAGGGCUAUCCGAAAUACUAAUGAGUACACAGAACCACCAACAGUGGCUCCGCGGUCAGGGGUGAAAGUGUCCCCCCGUCCACCUGUCCAGCACAAAAACGAAAGGCCGCACGGAUUGACUGAGCAGCGUCAUCUUCACAGGGUCCAGCAUUCCCAGGUUCACACGUCUUCCCGGGUACCACUGUCCCGUUCAAUUAGCACAGUCAGUACUGGCUCACGGGGCAGUACGAGGACAAGUACGAGCAGUAACUCGUCGGAACAAAGACUUCUGGGGUCCUCGCUGGGGACCGUUGUUGACGGGAUAAUCCGAGUGCAACCCAAGUCGGAGCUGAAGCCGAAUGAGCUGAAGCCCCCUAGCAAAGAAGAUUUGCACCUGCAUGCCUACAGGUGUGAGGACUGUGGGAAAUGUAAGUGCAAGGAGUGCACUUAUCCACGAACCCUUCCCUCCUGCUGGAUCUGUGACAAGCAGUGUCUUUGCUCGGCCCAGAACGUGGUCGACUAUGGGACUUGCGUCUGCUGUGUGAAAGGGCUUUUCUACCACUGCUCCAACGACGAUGAGGACAACUGCGCCGAUAACCCCUGCUCGUGCAGUCAGUCCCACUGCUGCACUCGGUGGUCCACCAUGGGACUUGUCUCCCUCGUCCUGCCUUGCUUAUGGUGUUACCUGCCAGCCAAGGGUUGCCUUAAGUUGUGCCAGGGGUGUUACGACCGGGUCAAUCGGCCCGGGUGUCGCUGCAAGCACUCCAACACAGUUUGCUGCAAGGUUCCCAACGUCCCACCCAGGAACUUUGACAAGCCAACAUAGCACAUCACUUAAUCAGGAGCCACAGGACGUAAUAAGGAUUAUUUCUUUAACACCCUAUGCAGCCACGUAAAUGGCACUGUUAGGAGGAUUCAAGGGGAAGGGGGAUGCGUUGAGGUUUGCAGUGAUCGGCUUUUCCGUGUGUGUUUGCAUGGGCCAGCUUAAUGGAUACGCUUGUUAGAACCCACCUAAUUGGGGGGGGGGGUCACAGUGAGGGGUUACACUCCAUUGGGACCCAAAUAUUACAUAAGCUAACACAACUCAGACACUCCUAGGCAAUCUGUUGGGGGGGGGGGGGGGCGUGUUUUUUUUUUUAAGAAAAUGAAUAGUACAUUUGUAAAUUAGAACACUACUUUACCCCAGUGUCCCGAUUAUUUUCUGCCAGAGAUGUGCUAUAUUUUUGUAUAUAGGAUAUUUUCAACUGUGAAAAAAAACCAAGUGUCAUAGAAAAUAUGGCACAGGUCACAAAAUAUUAUACUAAUAUGUUGUACAUUCAGAAGAAUGUGAAUCAAUCAGUAUGUUUUAAGAUUGUAUUUUGCCUUACAGAAGCUCUUCCAUUGCAAGACUCUGAUUCCCUUCCUCCGCCCCCCCCCCACCCCCACUUUGGACUUCAUGUAUAUUGUACAGUUACAGUAAAAUUCAGUCUUUAUUUUCUAAUUUUUUUUCAACAUAUUGUUUAGUGUAAAGAAUAUUUAUUUGAAGUUUUAUUAUUUUAUAAAAAUAUUUAUUUUAUGAGGCAUCUUACAAAUUUCACCCCUUUUAUGAGGAUGCCACAGUUGCUGCAAAUAAGGGGUGAAAGAGUCAUAUGUUCCCUAUAAAAUAGAAAAUAUAUUAACGUUUGAAAUUAAA